CACCGUGAAGCCCCUUGUAAUUUGUCUUCAAUCAUGGAUCGGAGUUUCUUGUUGUUUCCCGUCGUCAUCGCCGCCGCCGUCCUCUGCUCAUCGGAAUCUUUGGCCUCGACGUAUUCCGUCAGUCCGCUGAUUCGUCAAGUUAUUGACGACGGUGAAUCAAAUAAUCUCCCGCUCCAAGCGGAGCACCACUUUUUGCUCUUCAAGCGAAAAUUCGGAAAAUCGUAUGCUACCGAGGAAGAGCACAAUCGCAGGUUCAGGAUCUUCAGGGCUAAUAUGCGACGAGCGCUCCGCCAUCAGUCUUUUGAUCCAUCCGCUAUUCAUGGCGUCACUCAGUUCUCUGAUUUGACCGUUUCUGAGUUUCAGAAAACCUUUCUAGGGCUACGAGGUCAUCGUCUUAAACUUCCUCUACAUGCCAAUCAGGCUCCAAUUCUCCCUACGGAGAAUCUUCCGGGUGAUUUUGAUUGGAGAGAACGUGGUGCUGUAACUCCUGUGAAAAAUCAGGGAACUUGCGGAUCCUGCUGGAGUUUCAGUACAACCGGUGCCCUUGAAGGUGCUAAUUUCCUUGCCACAGGAGAACUUGUUAGCUUGAGCGAACAGCAGCUUGUAGAUUGUGAUCACGAGUGUGAUUCAGAGGAAGCUGGUUCCUGUGAUUCUGGUUGCAAUGGUGGCCUGAUGAAUAGUGCACUUGAAUACACACUAAAAGUUGGAGGUCUGAUGAGGGAGCAAGAUUAUCCCUACACUGGAACCGAUCGUGAAACCUGUAAAUUUGACAGGUCCAAGAUUGCUGCAUCAGUUGCCAAUUUCAGCGUUGUUUCACUUGAUGAGGAUCAAAUUGCUGCAAAUCUGGUGAAAAAUGGCCCGCUUGCAAUUGCUAUCAAUGCGGUGUUCAUGCAGACAUACAUAGGAGGAGUAUCAUGUCCAUUCAUAUGUUCAAAGCGGUUGGAUCAUGGAGUUUUGCUGGUGGGUUAUGGCUCAGCUGGGUAUGCUCCCAUCAGAAUGAGAGACAGGGACUAUUGGAUCAUCAAGAACUCUUGGGGUCCAAAUUGGGGAGAAAAUGGGUACUACAGAAUUUGCAAAGGUAGGAAUAUCUGUGGAGUUGAUUCCUUGGUGUCAACUGUUGCAGCAGUUCAUACUCCCAUUGCAGCACAAGCAGAGUAGAUGGGAGGAUCCAAGUUCAUGAAACUGUGAAUUCUCAAAGCUACGUUCAAGGCUGAUGCACUUAUUAUCAGCUACAGCCUAUGCAUAUAUGUUUGUUAUUACACCAAUAAACCCAACAAAAAAAAUAAGACACAAAGUUAAAGU